UCAAUUCAGACGUCGUUGAACUUGCCAGGACAACGGUUCAUCGAGUGCUGGGAUUUCGGAAUUUUCAAGGGGUCCCUUUCCAGUGACAAGUGAACCAAUAUAAUCCAUGAAUCGCGACCGGGGUGAUGUGCAGAGUCGCGGACUCUAGUAACUCACUAUACUACACGAAAAAGGGAAAUUCUUAAGGCCGGAUAAGCAACACAAGAAUGCCUCCAAAGCGACGAAGGAGAUUCCAGGGGCUCUACUACCAUUCAUCGCCGCCCAAAGUCAUGCCGAUGAAUGGACAGACGGGUGGACAAAAUGGACGAAAGCGCCGCGAUAAUGAAGAUUUCUCGGUGAAGUUAUCCACCAUUCGGAUCUGGAUUCACGAGAAGGACAUCGGCAAGCUGACGCGCAUUUUGUGGGCGGGCCAGGGCAACCGGCUCAGCCAGCAGGCCAGCAACAAUGGGCGUGUGAAGCGCUUCCUGGCCGCCGUGCCCCAUGUCAUGAAUGCCAUCAAGGAUCUGCACCAGGCGGUCAUCGACAACAGCCUGGAGAGCGUGCAGGCGCAGCUGGAGCCCCCGGUGCCCAGUGCGCUGGUCACGUGCAAGGACGGCAACGGGCUCAACAUCAUCCACAAGGCCGCCGGGCUGGGCCACACCAAGAUCCUGGAGUACCUGGUGGGCAUUUGGCCGGAGGGGGCCCACGAGACGGACAUCACCGGGAAGACGCCGCUCCACUGGGCCGCCAGUGCCAAGAACAACAUGCGAUGCUACACCCUGCUCACCCAAGCGGGCUGCGAUGAGGAGGCCGUCGACUAUAAAAUGAAGACACCCUCCUACUACCGACACAAGCCGCACGAAAUCGAGCGCGCCUUCCUGGUUUAUGUGCCGGAUGCGCCGCGUGUCUCCCCCGACAGCGCCACCGAUUGGGAGGCCUUGAGCGAUGACAGUGGCGUGGACAGUGGCGCGGUCGGCGAUGCCGGCUCCAAGAAACUGGACAUCAAGGUGCCGCCGUCGGUGAACGGUAGCAAAUCGCUGGACGACAGCCUUGAAAACACCUCGGAGCUGGACACCAACGAUGGUACGAGUGCCAAUGACGAUGAUGACGAGCUGUCCAAGGCGGAUGCACAGCAGGAAGCGGAUGCCGGCUCGCCAUUGCAGCGCCGACCGGAAACGCCGGCCACUUUCAACACGAUCAAUGGCGAUGGCGAUGGCGAUGGCGAUGUAGAAGGCGAUGGCGAUGACAGCGAGGCCGAGAAUAUUGCAAGAGCUGUAAGCGCGGACGGAGGCGGCGAGGCUGAAGGCAUCGGAGUGGGGCAGGAUGGAGGCGGAGAUGCGGCGAUCGUGGAGAAUGGCGGAGAUCACGUUCAGGAGGAGGAGCAGGAGCAAGAGCAGGAGCAGGAGGAACAGCCAGAAGAGGCUGCUAACGAGAGUGAACUCGAAGGAAACAUAAAGACUGAAGCGGAGAAUGAGAAUGAGAAGGAGAAUGAUUCUGCGGAGGAUGAAGCAAAUGGACCAGAAGACACCGCUGAGGAUGAAGCGGAACCGGAAGUGGCCACCAUGUCCGUGGAGGAGAAGGAUGCCGAGUCAGAGAACGAAAUCGAAAACGAAAACGAAACGAGAACGAGAACGAGAACGAAAACGAUGACGACGAUGAGGAUGUAAUAGCUUCAGACAGCAAAGGAGGAAAUCCGCAGGAGGAGCCAGGACAGCCAGGACACGAAGCGACCCAGGAGGACGAUGGCAACGA